AAAAAAGGAAAAAGGAAAAGAAAAAAAGAAAAAGCAAAAUAAGAGAUAUAGGAAGUGCCUUCAUAUGUAUUUUUCCACAGUUUAAAAUUUUCAUAAAAUCAUAACUCUCUGACUUUAUGUAGAAAGGAUAUCACACUGGAAUGAACAUGUAGCUUUUUCUUGAUGUAAUCCAUCCAAUGGGAGCACAAUUCUGGCACAUAGGCUGUCUAGAAUUUGAAAGAAAUCAAAUAAUUCAUUUUGUUUUGCUGAGAAAAUUUUAAGAAAUCACGUGGCAAUGUGUUAUUAUUAUUACAAGAUGACUGAUCACUAUUAUGUCUUCUUUCACUUCUCAAUUUCCCUCAGAGCACCCCACCCAGACUACACCCAGACUAUCGGCUCUGGAGGGUGGGGACCAUGUCUGGGUUGUUUACUGAGGCAUUUCAUAAUUUGGUACAUAGAGACCAAUAAUACUCCUUUGAAUGAAGAAAUUAAUAAUUAUCAUUGCGUGAUAUUGUGAUUACAUCAUUUCCUCCCAAUUUCCAAACUCCUAAUAGAACAGAGAAUAGAUCAAUUGUAGCAAUUCGUUUCGAAGUAAAGACAACGCAUGGUGGCGCUGCAGGCUAAGGCUUCAAAAAAAAGGGAAAGGAAAAAGCCCAUGAAAUGCUACCAGCUACUUCAGACCUCUUUCAGCCUAAGAGGAAAGCCUAAUAGCAGAGUACGGACCAGUGUCUCCGGAGAAUGCUAUUCUCCUACAUUUCCGGACAGGUUAUCAACGGACAGAUCGAUCACUGCCUCUGUCCCAUCGCCCCCUGAAGUAGCUCUGACUCCGGUUCCUUGAAAGGGGCGUGUACAGAAGUAAAGAUGGAGCCUGCAGGGGAGCGCUUUCCUGAACAAAGGCAAGUCCUGAUUCUCCUUCUUUUACUGGAAGUGACUCUGGCAGGCUGGGAACCCCGUCGCUAUUCUGUGAUGGAGGAAACAGAGAGAGGUUCUUUUGUGGCCAACCUGGCCAAUGACCUAGGGCUGGGAGUUGGGGAGCUAGCCGAGCGGGGAGCCCGGGUAGUUUCUGAGGAUAACGAACAAGGCUUGCAGAUUGAUCUGCAGACCGGGCAGUUGAUAUUAAAUGAGAAGCUGGACCGGGAGAAGCUGUGUGGCCCUACCGAGCCCUGUAUAAUGCAUUUCCAAGUGUUACUGAAAAAACCUUUGGAAGUGUUUCGAGCUGAACUACUAGUGACAGACAUAAACGAUCAUUCUCCUGAGUUUCCUGAAAGAGAAAUGACCCUGAAAAUCCCAGAAACUAGCUCCCUUGGGACUGUGUUUCCUCUGAAAAAAGCUCGGGACUUGGACGUGGGCAGCAAUAAUGUUCAAAACUACAAUAUUUCUCCCAAUUCUCAUUUCCAUGUUUCCACUCGCACCCGAGGGGAUGGCAGGAAAUACCCAGAGCUGGUGCUGGACACAGAACUGGAUCGCGAGGAGCAGGCCGAGCUCAGAUUAACCUUGACAGCUGUGGACGGUGGCUCUCCACCCCGAUCCGGCACCGUCCAGAUCCUCAUCUUGGUCUUGGACGUUAAUGACAAUGCCCCGGAAUUUGUGCAGGCGUUCUACGAGGUGCAGGUCCCAGAGAACAGCCCAAUAGGCUUCCUAGUUGUCAAGGUCUCUGCUAGGGAUUUAGACACUGGGACAAAUGGAGAGAUAUCAUACUCCCUUUAUUACAGCUCUCAGGAGAUAAACAAACCUUUUGAGCUAAGCAGCCUUUCAGGAGAAAUUCGACUAAUUAAAAAACUAGAUUUUGAGACAAUGUCUUCGUAUGAUCUAGAGAUAGAGGCAUCUGAUGGGGGGGGACUUUCUGGAAAAUGCUCUGUCUCUGUUAAGGUGCUGGAUGUUAACGAUAACUUCCCGGAACUAAGUAUUUCAUCACUUACCAGCCCUAUUCCCGAGAAUUCUCUAGAGACAGAAGUGGCCUUGUUUAGGAUUAGAGACCGAGACUCUGGGGAAAAUGGAAAAAUGAUUUGCUCAAUUCAGGAUGAUGUUCCUUUUAAGCUAAAACCUUCUGUUGAGAAUUUCUACAGGCUGGUAACAGAAGGGGCGCUGGACAGAGAGACCAGAGCCGAGUACAACAUCACCAUCACCAUUACAGACUUGGGGACCCCAAGGCUGAAAACCGAGCAGAGCAUAACCGUGCUGGUCUCCGACGUCAAUGACAACGCCCCCGCCUUCACCCAAACCUCCUACACCCUGUUCGUCCGCGAGAACAACAGCCCCGCCCUGCACAUCGGCAGCGUCAGCGCCACAGACAGAGACUCAGGCACCAACGCCCAGAUCACCUACUCGCUGCUGCCGCCCCAGGACCCGCACCUGCCCCUCGCCUCCCUAGUCUCUAUUAACACAGACAACGGCCACCUGUUUGCCCUCAUCUCGCUGGACUACGAGGCCCUGCAGGCUUUCGAGUUUCGCGUGGGCGCCACAGACCGCGGCUCCCCGGCGCUGAGCAGCGAGGCGCUGGUGCGCGUGCUGGUGCUGGACGCCAACGACAACUCGCCCUUCGUGCUGUACCCGCUGCAGAACGGCUCCGCGCCCUGCACCGAACUGGUGCCCCGGGUGGCCGAGCCGGGCUACCUGGUGACCAAGGUGGUGGCGGUGGACGGCGACUCGGGCCAGAACGCCUGGCUGUCGUACCAGCUGCUCAAGGCCACGGAGCCCGGGCUGUUCGGCGUGUGGGCGCACAAUGGCGAGGUGCGCACCGCCAGGCUGCUGAGCGAGCGCGACGUGGCCAAGCACAGGCUGGUGGUGCUGGUCAAGGACAAUGGCGAGCCUCCGCGCUCGGCCACCGCCACGCUGCAAGUGCUCCUGGUGGACGGCUUCUCCCAGCCCUACCUGCCUCUCCCGGAGGAGGCCCCGGCCCAGGCCCAGGCCGACUCGCUCACCGUCUACCUGGUGGUGGCGUUGGCCUCGGUGUCGUCGCUCUUCCUCCUCUCGGUGCUCCUGUUCGUGGCGGUGCGGCUGUGCAGGAGGAGCAGGGCGGCCUCGGUGGGUCGCUGCUCGGUGCCCAAGGGCCCCUUUCCAGGGCAUUUGGUGGACGUGAGCGGCUCCGGGACCCUGUCCCAGAGCUACCAGUACAAGGUGUGUCUGACGGGAGGCUCUGAAACUAAUGAUUUCAAGUUCUUGAAGCCUAUAUUCCCCAAUAUUGUGAGCCAGGACUCUAGGAGGAAAUCAGAAUUUCUAGAAUAAUGUAGGUAUCUGAAGCUUUCCUACCGUCUGUUAAUUUUGUCUUCCUCACUUUUCACCUUAGUUUUUUUUUUAACCCUUUAGUAAUCUUGAGUUCUACUUUUUUUAAAAUUUCUACUGUUGCCUUUAGUAAUGUUACUCAUUUCCUUGCUCUGGUUGUUAGACAGUUUUCAAAUUAUUAUAUUAGUAUAAAUAUUUUAUAUCAGGAAAGUUCAUAUUUUUGAAUAAAUUAAUAGUAUUCAUUCCUGAAGGGUAAUAUGAAAGUUAACCCUAUGUAAUAAACAUAACUCUAAUUCUGAAAGUACCUUUCACACUAUAUGACACUUCAUAAGAAUGUAUGAUUUUUGAAGUCAUAUUUUAAGGUUUUUUUUAUAGUUAUUCACACAGCUCUGACUUUUUGACAAAAGUUUGGGGUGUAAUCAUUUCAUAUUUAUCCAUGUGUAAUUUCUUCCAAGCUUCAUAUUUGGAGUUUUGUUUUUUCCAAUAAGGAGCAACAUGGAUAAUUUUAAGCUACUCUUUUCAAGGUCACACUUGUGAGCAUUAGAUUUUCAUUCUAAAACACAUAUGUCAUCUCAUAAAAAUAUAUCUGCAUAAUGUAUUCUUUCUCAUGUAAAUUAACAUAGAAAAGACUAAUGGGUUCUUCCUUAUCUCUAUCUAAUGUUAUGAUCCUAUCGGGGGGACUGGACAGGCUUUUUAAUACCCAGAUUUACUGUGUUUAAGGUGUUCCUAUAAGGCCAAUAGACACUAGGACCAAUUAAUGCAUCUCCUGCAAUUUCCUCUUUCCACAACAGGAAAAUCUUAACUGAGUUCCAAAUUCUGGGCUUAGAGGAGCUUCUGAUGAUACAGUAUGCCAACAUCUACUUGUCUUUGGAUAGUGACAUUGUUCUGAUUCGUAAGGAAUUUGAAAGAAAAUACAUUGUAGAAUUAAUAUUAGUUAACCAAACAAAAUUUAUUAAAGGAUAUGUUGGUGAAGGAGUUGAAUUAUUUGAGGAAAAAACAUCUGCUGUCUCGUCAGGUCUUUUCUGUCUCCAGGAGCUUCUCAACUUUGCAGAUACUCUAGCAUGGUAUUGCAUGCAAAAUAAUGACCGCCAAGAUGUUCCUGCUCUAAUCCCCAGAACCUAUGAAUAUGUUAUACUGCAAAGAAAUUAAGGUUCAAACAGAAUUAAGGUUGCCAAUCAGCUAAACUUAAAAUAGGGAGACUCUCCUAGAUAAUCUGCGUGGGUCUAUUUCAAUCAGUGGAAAGGCCAUAAAAGCAGAAUUGAGUCUUCCCUGAGAUGAAAAAGAAAUUUCGUUUAAGGACAACAGCUUCAGCUUAUGCCCCAGAGUUCCAGCCUGCCCCUCCUAACUGCUUGCUGUACAGAUUUUGGACUUGUCUAGCCGCGUUUCACAACUGAAUAGGUCACUUCCUUGCAAUAAAUUGAUUACUAUACAUCUCCUGCUGCCUGUUUCUCUGGCUGAACUCUAACUAACACAGAUUUUGAUACCUGGAAGUGGGGUGCUACUGUAAUAAACACUUAAAAUGUGCAGGUGGCUUCUGAAUUGGACAGUGGGCAGAGACUGGAAGAACUUUGACAGGCAUGACAGAAAAAGCCUCGCUUGCUUUGGACAGAGUGUUAGCAGAAAUAUGGUUAACAAAUCUGCUAGUAAGGACUUAGAAUGAAGCGAGGAGCAUGGUGGAGAAACAUGUUGCUUAGAGAAUACCUACUUUAAAUAGAUUGCAAGUAGAAAUAUGGAUAUUAAAGUCUCUGCUGGUGAGGGUGCAGAAAUGAGGAAAAUAUUAUUGGAAAUUGAAGAAAAGGGAAUCCUUUUAUAUGGUGGGAGAAAAAUUAGCUGAAUUGCAUCCUGAAGUUAUGUAGAAAGAACUUGUAAGCAAUGAACUUGGGAGAUUUCGCUGAGUUUUUCAGGCAAAGGGUUGAAUGCACAGCCUGUUUUUUUUCUUGCUGCUUAUAGUAAAAUGUGAGAGGGAAAAGAAUGAGAGGAAUUCGAUUGAGAGAAGAACUGUGAAGCAAAAAGGAACCCAGACUUGAUGGUUGGGGAAAUUCUCACCCUAUUCAGACUGCAACAGAUGUUAAAAUCAGGAGAUUCACUGCUAAGGAUGCAUGUUCUGGAGAGAAAGCCACAGACAUAUUAGGACAACCUUUUACUAGUGCCUCGAAAGAAUCAGGUAGUCAAUCAUACAGAAGGCUCUUUGAAGAGACUAGGUACAUGAUAUGGAUAUCUUCAGCCACAUCAGCAGAAGCCAGGAAUAGAGACAUAAUUACUCAGGAAAUAACUUCAAAGGACUCUCUUGUUUAAUAAAUUGAAUCCCUGUGAAAUGCACAGGAAAUAAAGUUAUUAAGAAUGUUUAAUCAGCAGAAACACUGCCAGCUUGAAUUGAAAGGGAUAGAGAGAACUAAUUAAAGGAGGAUGUGGUACCCCCCUCCCCAAAUUCUGUAAGCAAGAAAUAGACUGAUAAAACUGCUUAGCUAAAAACAUGUGCCAAUUCAAAUGAAAAAGGAAGAAUAGUUCAGAGGAUGGAGCCUGAAGUCCAGAGAGUACGGCUCUCAAACUACAGAGGAUUUGUCAGUCCCAAGCCUUGAAAGCAGGAGUUUCCCUGGAUGUAUUGCCACAUUCAUUGGUGCAGGUGAUUUUUUUUUUACUUUUACUUUUUUACACAGUAUUCAGACUAGGUUCCAAGUUGUCUACUUAAGAUGUAUGAGACAUUUGUCAGAGAAGUAGUGAGGUAGGAGAUCAGCAGGACUUAUUUCCCUGUCAGAACAGGACAAAAUGAAGAAAUUGACAGGAACCAGCAGGUGGUGCACAAUUGAAGUUAAAAACCCUGCAGGAAGUAGCAGGUGGUGCUGAAGGCAACCUCUAAUUGCCUCACUGCUCAUUAGCAUAAGAGAUUCCCACCAGCCCCAUGACAAUUUACAAAUAUCAUGGCAACCCAGAAGUUACCGCCCUUUUCCAUGGCAACAACCUAGAAGUUACUGCCCCUUUUUCUAGAAAGUUCUGAAUAACCAGCUCCUCAAUUUGCAUUAACUCACCUCUUAAUUAGCAUGUAAGUGAAAGUAGGUAUAAGUGGGCAUAAAUACAGUUGCCAACAACCCAUAACAUAAGCUGCUACUGCUAACUCUGGGUGCACUGCAAAGGAGUUAGCCCUGCUCAGCAAGGAGCAGUCCCUUUCAAUAAAAGAUUGCUGUCUUAACAGAACCUGAUUGCCCUUGAAUUCUUUUAUGUGUGGAGCCAAAAAUCCUCCCAGGAUAAGCCCUAAUUUGGGGCCUUGCCUGUCUUGAAUCAGUCAUAUUGUUUUCCCUGGGGUGUUAUCAAGGGACAGUACUCUGAACUACUGCAAUUAAAUUUAUAUCAUCAUUCAGUCAUCUCACAACUGGCAAACAUAUGCAAAUAACUGAAUUUUCAAAGAAAUAUUCCUGGCUAGUAGCAUCUCCAAAAACUGAAUUUGGAGAACAGAAUCAGAAAGCGAACUGAUAAAUGAGAGGCAUGCUUUUUAAUCUGGACUUAACAGUAUCCUGAGCAAGAUGACUAAGAUGUUUAUGCAGCAAUCCAGAAUACCCUACCCCCAUCACAGGCAAUAAGUAGCAAGGCUAAAAAUUUUACUUAGUAAAAUUGACUAAAUAUGGAUCCUGAAAAUAUUUAUAAGCAGAUCAGCAAUCCAUGUGAUUUUGUGGAUUAUGGCUGUUGGAAGGAUAAGUACCAAUUCUCCUCUAUGUCACGCAUUGCACCUAGAACAAUUUUGAACAUGAGUGACAAGUCGUUGUUUCUUAGUGAAUAAAAAAAUUAAGGACAGUGAAAUAAGUUUUUUGGAAACUAGCAGGAUAGAGACUCUCACCAACAUAAACAGAGCCAUUCAUUUUACCUAUUUUCUCUUUCAAAUUUUGUAGACUUCCUUUGAGAUUUCUAUAAGUCUCAUCUUGCCUUUUAUGAUGUUAAUCUAAGGCCAUUGACCUUCUUGCUUUAUUUCCCUUCCUUGCUUCUAUUUUCUUCCUAAAUGGCAAUUGGAAUACAUAGGUAGUUGUGGUCAUAUGACAGCAUUCACAAGGUGGGAGGUACCUUAUUCCAACAAUUGGAAAGUGGAGGAGAAUUUUAAUUUCUUCCACAAAUGAAUUUACAUGGGGGCAACAGUUUUCUGAGAAACCCAUUAGCUAUAUUUUUGGUAUAAUAAAAAUAAGCUGCAGUGUCUCUUCACUAUCCUCCAAACCACUACUUAAAAGAGCAACACGGAACUUCUAUUUCUAGUUUGAUUACUGUAAACAUGGAAAUUAUGUAUAAUUUUAGAUAAUUUAGUUAAUAUGACUAUUUAAAUGUAUAUAAAAUUAUCCCUUUUGGCUGAUGGCUGAAUUUUUAGAAAAGAUUUCCUUAAAAGUUGAAAGCUUGGCUGUACUAGCAGAGGUCUCUCUGGAUAUUUUGAAGUCAUAAUGGAGUGUUAUGAGUUAUCUUUGGGAUAAUCCCCUAAGGGUUUUAUAAUCUUAGAUAAACACUGUGGUGAUGUAUUUUCUUCACAAAAGAACAAAGGAAACAUAAACAUAAUGAAUAUUUUUUGUUAAUCCAAUGCCUAUUUCUGUAAAAAUGGAUUCCUUUCCUAUAAAAUCAAUAGAAUAUAGGCUGUAACACAGCAAGCUCAUUUCAUAUGUAUUUCCAAUCUAUUAAGGGAGAGGCUUGUGUCUUUUUUCCCAAGCAAAGCCACAUAACAUUCAAUGAGAGUUCACUUUGGUGAUGUUUAAUGAAAAUCUAGCUCAGGUAGAGACCUCACUGGAAUACUCCAUGAACAGAAAUGUAAUCUGGGCAAAACCCUGCAGCAUUUAUCCUGGAAAAUGUAAUAAAAAAUAAUCAGAAUAUUGUCUCUAUUGCUGAAUCAGUAGCCUGGAAAUCACUGCAGAAGUUUUACCUGUGGGAGGCUAUGGGAACCCUCUUGCGUCAUGUGCUCUCAAAUGUGAAUGAGCAGGCCAAGAACUAAAGAUAUUCAAAAGAUUUUAUAUGUCCAAAUAGGCAGUUCUGGAAAUACCUCAACAUUGUUUGGAUAUUACAUUUGACAUGAAAUAAAAAGGCAUAUGAAAUACUUUG